AUGAUCGCCCCCCCCUGGCCGCGCGGCCGCGGUGCGUGGCUGCUGCCGGGGCUGCUGGCGCUGCUGGCGCUGCUGGCGGCCCGGGCCCCGGGCCGAGGGGCCGGCACCCCGCUGCGCGACGUGCUGGACGCCACACCGCGCCAGCUGCCCACCCAGCCGGAAACCCAGCUCCUGGCCACGGUGCUGCCGUGGUCCGUGUGGGGCGGCAACCGGCACGGCCCGGCGCUGGCGGCCGGGCACUACUGGUCGGGCGAGCCGACCGCCCAGCAGGCCGUCUUGACGGCCGGCCAGUCGGCCGCCUUCUACGGGCAGGAGGCCCUGGACUUCGAGGUCCUGGCCGACCCGCGCAUCGGCAGCUUCAUCACCGACACGCCGCGCGGGCCGGGCCUCGGCCACGGGGACCCGGGCGUCUCGAAGCCGGUCAGCCUGCUGGCGGUGUCGUCGCCCGCGGGCCCGGGGCUGCUGGCCACCGGGCCCGGCGGCGUGGCGCACUGGGCCCACGGGGCGUGGCACCGGGCCCCGGACCACCCGGCCGGGGCGCCGGUGCUCCUGGCCCAGGCGGCCCGCUCGCCGGACGACAUGCACCUGCUGCUCUUCUACCCGAGCACGCGGCUGGUGCAGGUGGCCCGGUCGACCGGGGCCCGGUUCCAGGUGCACUCGCUGCACGCGAGCCUGCCCGGGAGCGCGGCCCCGCGCGCGGUGGCCGGCCCCGGCGGGCUCUUCGUCCUGUGGGCCGGGCCGAGCCUGAUGCGCGUCGUGGCCCCGGCCGAGGUGGGCCCGGACACGCCGGUCCCCCUGGCCCUGGAGGCCCUGCCCCACGCGGUGGAGGAUGUCUUCCUGCUGUCGCUGACCGGCGUCGGGCCGGGGGCCACCGACGCGGCCAUCGUCCUGGCCUCCGACCAGCUGGUCCUGUGCCAUGGGAUCGCCCUGGCCGGGUGCACCGAGGCCGAGGUGCUGGACCUGCCCCGGUGGACCUUCGGCACCGGGACCCGGGUGCUGGCCCCCCCGGCCCUGGAGCACCCGGGCCCGGCUGUCCACUGGCUGUACCUCAGCAACUGGGUGCUGGGGCUGCUCUGGCACCUGGAGCUGGACCCCGGCACCCGGGCCGCCCGGCACUGGACCCCGGUCAGGGUGCCCCGCGCGGCGUCCGACCACCAGGCCCAGAUGCGGGUGCUGGGCCUGCGGGUGGGCCCGGACCAGGCCGCCUGGGCCCUGGCCGCCCCGGACGCCGGCCCGGCCUUCUUCCUGGCCCGGGACUUCCGGUGCGACGGCCCGGCCGGCGACCCCUCCAUCCGGUGCCCGGGGGCCCCGGGGGCCGAUCGCGGCGUCGGGUACGCCUGCGACGCCGGCCGCGACCUGUCGCCCUUCCUCCGGCCGGGGCACCUGUGCGCCGGGUGCGCCGCCGGCAUGGAGGCCCUGCCCUCGGACGGGCCGCUACCCGAGUGCGCCGCAUGCCCGGCCCCGUGCCAGGCAUGCGUCGGCGGACGGUGCGUCCUGUGCCCGACAGGCUCGCCGCUGCGCCAGCUCCCCGACGGGUCGACCGCCUGCGGGGCGGAGUGCCCGCCGGGCACGGCCGCCGGCGCCGGCAGCCGCUGCCUGCCCGAGUACCCGGCCCUGCACCUGGACGUGAGCUUCCGGCCGAUGGGGGCCCCGGGCUUCCCGGGCCCGGGCCGGCUGCUGGCCCGGACCCGGCUGCUGGUCCACGACGGCCAGGUGUACCUCUCGCCGGCCGAGGCGCCGGCCAGCGCCAUGGUGGUCUUCCUCGAGGAGGCGGACGCGCGGCCGGUGUGGCUGCCGGCCGAGGACGGGCCGGCCGGCCCGUGGGCGCCCCUGCCGGCCGGGCUGUUCGCCAUGGGCCCGGUGCGGGCCUUCGCCGAGGCCGGCCCCCUGGCGGCCUACUGCACCGAGGCCGGGGCCCUGUGGGUGCGGCGGUACGAGUGCGCCGGGCCGGCCAGCCCCGGCACCGGGGCCUGCCCGCUGGGCCUGCCGCCGGAGACCAUGCUCCAGGCCGCCGGGUGCACCGAGCUCCGGCCGCUGGGCCCGGGGCUGGUGUCGGUCCUGUGGCAGGACCGGGCCCAUGUGCUGCGCCUGGGCCCGGCCGGCCAGGCGGAGCUCCUGCCCCAGGCCCCGGGGAGCGCCCGGCACCCGGCGCUCGCCCGGCCGACCCCCCGGUCGGACCCGUGGCUGCUGCUGCUGGCCGGCAAACCACGCAUCGACGGCUCGCCGGCCAGCAGCACCGACCCCGACCCGCGGCUGUCCUUCCUGCCGGUGGGCCUGCACCUGGCCCGCGACAGCCGGGCCCUGCUCUUUGACAGUGCCGUGGCCGGGCCGCCGCAGGAGCUCCCGCCCUGGGCCGAGCCGGUGGUGGUGGCGGUGGCGGACCCGGCGGCCCCGGCCGGGCCCGGGGCCCAGGAGAUCUUCGUGUCCGGCAUCCGGCCCACCGGCGGGGCCUUCCUGUGGGAGGUGGCCCACCUGCCGGCCGGGGCCGCGCCGCACUGGCGCACGGUCGGCGCCUCGGCCAGCCGCGAGCUGCUGGGCCGGCUGCCGGCCGGGGCCCUUGCCGGGGCGGUGCCCGACCCCGGGGCCCAGCGCGUGGUGGCGCUGGACCUGGCCCCCGGGCCCGGGGCCCCGGCCGGCGACCGGUUCCCCGCGGCCCUGGCCCUGAUCACCCACCGGGCCGUGGGCCUGGCGGUGGUGCACUGCUCGCCGGCCGGGCCCCCGCCGGGCCCGGGGGCGGCCGAGUGGUGCCGGCUCCUGCCGGCGCGCUUCUUCUCGCUGCCGGUGCCGGCCGAGCACCCGCGCCGGGUGGACCUGCUGCCGGUGCCGGCCCCGCCCGGGGCCCUGGCCCGGGUGCGGCUCCUGCUGCCGGGGCUGGCCGAGCCCCUGACGCUGGAGGUGCGCCAGGCGCCGGCCUGCCCGGCGGGCACCUAUGCCCCGGACUGCCGGGGGUGCGACGCCGGCUGCCGGGCCUGCCGCGGCCCCGGCCCGGGGGACUGCACCGCCUGCGCGGCAUUCCUGCCCGACGCGCCGGACGCCUGCCUGGCAAGCUGCCCGGAGGGGCUCUUCCCGGACCCGGCCGGCGACGGGGCCUGCCGGUGCCACCCCUCGUGCGCCCGCUGCGAGCCGGCCCCCGCCCCCGGGACCGGGUACCGGUGCGUAGAGUGCCCGGCCGGCGGCCUGGUCCCGGCCUCGCCGCACCGGUGCGCCCCCUGCCACGACAUCUGCCGGGGGUGCGACGCGCCCGGCGACCCGGGCCAGUGCCGGGCCUGCGCUCGCCCGGACUUGGUGCUCCUCGGCGGGGCCUGCGAGCCCGCCUGCCCGUCGACGCAUGUGCCGGUCCCGCUGCAGGAGGGCGGCCCGGCGAGCGAGCUGCUCUGCGUCCCGCGCAUGGCCGGCUGCCUGGUGCCCAAGCCCGAUGGCACCUGUGCCACCUGCGAGGCCGGCUACCAUGCCGUGGCCGGCGUGUGCCGGCCGUGCCACGUCUCCUGCCAAUCCUGCCAAGAUGCCGCAUCCUGCGAGGUGUGCCAGCCGGGGCUGGUCUUCCUGUCGGCCGAAAGCGCGACCCCCUCGCUGUGCGGCGGCACCUGCGCCCCGGGCGAGUAUGUCGGCGCCGGCCGGUGCGCCGCGUGCGAUGCGUCCUGUGAGCUGUGCGCCGGCGGGCCGGACCGGUGCCAGUGCCUGCCCGGCCGGGUCGUUCAGCAACGGCGAGUCGUGCCAGCCGUGCGACGUGUCUUGCGUCACCUGCGCCGGUGGCAUGGUCAACCAGUGCACGGACUGUGGCCCGGGGCUGGAGCUUGUUGA